AUGGCCCCUACGCAGCAAGCUUUCCGCGCGAGCCGCCUCGUCGUUGCGGUGCUUUUGAUCUCCUCUGGUGGGGCGGCCUUCGCCAACAAGUGCUGCACGGAGCUGAACUUGUUUCAGCAGCCAGCGGGUGCAGCUGCCCCGGUCUAUGUGCGCUCCUUCCCCGUGCCCGGGGAUGACGGGAUUCCGGACCCGGGAGCAGGGCUGUUUUUCACGUGCACGCAACAGCCUGCGUGCGUCGACAAGCAGGGCGCGUGCGCGCCCGCCAAGACGAUCGACAAGAUCACCAAGAAGCCCGUGUGGAACUGCUACUGCGUCAUCGACCCCAAGAAGGGCUGCAAGACCCGGCGCCGCUCAAGGGCCCUUCUGCAGACGGAGACCAUAAACUGCUGCUCCGCUGGAAUUGGCGACCCCCACUUCACAUCGCUCCAAGGGCAGGGCUACGACUUCCAGGGCUUCGGCGGCGCCUCGUUCUGCCUCCUGUCGCAGCACAACAUGCACAUCAACGCGCGUUUUAUCGCCGGCGCGGCGGCAAACUCAACCCAAACGUGGAUGGACGCCCUAUCGCUUAUGACGGUCGGGGCGGACGGGGCCAGCCACACCCUCGAGCUGUCUCUGGGGCAGGUCGUGUCCGAGGACGCAUGGACCGUCCGCUUCGAUGACGCGCCCGUCGCGCUGCCCGACCCGUCCGCCACGUGGCUCGAUGACGUCAUCCAUCUGGAGCGGGAGGAGAGCCACCGGCUGACGUUGCUGGUCAAGGACCGGGUGUGCCUCGAGAUCUUCGUGCUGUACGACGAGAACAUCGCCCCGGUGGAACUCCCCGACCGCCCGUACGGGGGCCGGUACCUCAACUUCCAAAUCAGCAUGCUGGUCGCCGCGAACGACGCGCACGGGGUGCUUGGGCAGACGGUCCGGCCCACCGGGAACGGCGCCUCCAUCGUGGAGGGAAAAGACCUCGACUACGUCACGUCCUCGCUGACGUCAUCUGACUGCACGUUCGACCGCUACCGCGGCGACCGGGACGAUCUGACGGCCACGAACGCGCGCCAGGUGCUGUCCGUCGGAUUGGAUGGCCACGAGGACGAGACCCCCCUCGUCACCUUUAGCUCUGGAAACGGAAUCAAGUGGAGCGUUUCAGUCGCUGACAAUUGA